GCGGUACAAUUUCCUUACUCUCUCAGUGAGUGAACGAAGCCAGAUAGUUGCUCCUAGUGUGAUAUACCCAGCCGAGUUAAUGAAGAUGAGGGCUCACCGCUGUGUCUCCCCCGUGCAGGCCGUCAUGGGUGUUAUGGAUGGUAAAGUCCACAAGGCUCCACCCAAGACUGAAGGCGCCGAGGUGCUCAUGUACCUAGAGCGCCUCCAGCACCUGGUUCCCCUCUGCCCCAAGGACCGUCCAGUGACAAAGUUAGAACUGAUCCAGUCUGUUAUCGACUACAUCUACGACCUCGAGGACGCCCUGGGCACCAGUGACGAAGAGUCCUCCUCUGAGGAGGACAUGGACUUCGUCGAGAGUUCCUGAGAAGGGACGCAGACCUCGUCGCCUCCGGAUAAAUGUCUUCCCGGGAGCGACGAAGCAGCGUCCAAAGAGUCAUUUGGGGGCGCUAGGGUAGUGGAAGAACUGCUGCAGGAGUGAAGCAGAGUGAGACUUUUGCACGCCCUCACGGCACCCCUCAAGGCACUCCCUUCCCCGCUCCCCCUCCCACCACACAAGAGGUGCCAGCAUGACCUGACCUGACCCCGCUGACCUGUCACCUGUACCCCGCACCAUACAUGCCUCCGCCAACCCUUGAUGACGGCUUAAGUAUGAAGCUUAUACCGUAGUGGAGCCAAGUUUGUUGACAUGGCCGGCCUCUACACGCUAUCUACACCUGGUCCCACAAGACUUGGCUUGGUCCCACAAGACUCAUCCUCUCCAACAACGCCUCGCAGUGCUUGUACUCUGCAGUCUCUACAGCAAGACUAGUGAGUGACUGCUCUCCCUCUCAGCCGAGUGCCCCAAGGUGACGUGUGAGGCGAGAGGGAUCAUCACCCGUGAUGGAUGGUUGUUAACGCGUGGUGAGGGAGAUGGUGGUGGUGGUGUUGGGGUCCUGGUGGAGGAGCGGGGUGUCAGCUAUUGGCAUCAUCUCCCCCUUUUGCUAACUGAUCAUUCACAUUCCCAUAGAAAAUAUAAGACUAGUAUUAAGUGUAAUGGACCUAUAUAUAUAAAUAUAUACAUAUAUUUUUAUACAGUUUCCAAAUAAAAUAUUUAAUAUAAAA